CUCUCCCUCGAACCAAUUUGGAGUUCUAAAUAGCAAUGGAAUGGUCUCCUCAAGAUGCCUUGAAAGCUUACUUACACACUCUUCAUCUGUGUAAGGUUGACAAAGAUGAAGACUUGAGCCUUGGAAAUCACACAAACACUACCAGUAUUAUCGUAGAGCCAAAAUGCAUGGAAUUUAUAUCAGCUUUGGCAGCUGGAAAGCGAGCAAGAUUAAUCCUGCAAAUCACCUCUCAAGGCAUAACGCCGAUGACAGUUUCACUGGCUGUGGCUGCAAAGCAAAGCGGAGGCCGGCUAAUUGUGUGGAUCAACAGUGAAGAUGUGGAUCGUGAGGAGAAAAUUAGCAAAACCCUGUUUGUCGAAAACGGUCUUGACGAGGUCAUUGAAUAUGUUUAUGGCACUGAUCCUUGUAUGCUGGUGAAGCAGUUGAAGAACAUAGAUUUUGGGGUUGUUGACUUCAGGCUAAAAGAUCACUUGAAAUUGUUGAAGAUUAUGAACUUUAACCCAAAUGGGUGCGUAGUUGUAGGAACCAAC